GGGAAAAUGUCCUUAUAGUCCUUUAACAGAAAUAAAAUCCCCAACCCUCUCUCUCCCUUUUCUCUCUCCGAAACCCCUCUUCCGUGCUUCAAUCCCACACCCGCAUCAGCAUUCUCUUCGAUCUCUGAGUGGCCUAAUCCAAGUCGCCCGAAAAAUUGAGGCUUUGGCCCGAAGCAAUCGGUCGUCUUUGCGAAGAUGGACAAUGCAUUCGAGGAUGAGGCUGAGCACACCGUUUCGAUCCAAGAGUAUCUUAAGGAUGUUGAGGAACAGGAACUGGAAGUUGAUUUGGUUUUGGGAGGCGAUGAAGGCAAGGUGUGUACCUAUAAUAAUGGUUAUAUGAAGAGGCAAGCAAUUUUCUCAUGUCUGACAUGCACCCCAGAUGGGAAUGCUGGAGUUUGCACAGCUUGUAGCUUGUCUUGCCAUGAUGGCCAUGAGAUUGUAGAACUGUGGACCAAAAGAAAUUUUAGAUGUGAUUGUGGAAAUUCAAAAUUUGGAGAGUUCUUUUGCAAGCUUUCCCCCAAUAAAGAUGUAGAAAACGUUGAAAAUUCUUACAAUCAAAAUUUCAAAGGAUCAUACUGCACCUGCAGUCGCCCGUAUCCUGAUCCAGAUGUUGAAGAACAAGUAGAGAUGAUACAAUGCUGUGUGUGUGAAGACUGGUUCCAUGAGGAACACAUUGGUCUUGACUCUUCUGAUGAGAUUCCAAGAGAUGAGGAAGGUGAACCACUUUAUGAGGAUUUUAUUUGUAAGGGAUGCUCAGCAGUUUGCUCUUUUAUCAGACUAUACAAUCAAACCAUCUUGGCAUCUGGCAGACAAAAGGAUGCUCCCAUCAAGUCUGCCAAGGAUAAAGAGGUUUUAAGCGAUACGCCUUUAGCUUGUGGAUCUAGAAGGCUAGAGAAUGAUAUUUCUCAAACUUGUAAUACCAUUUCUGAACCUGUAUCUGGUGGGGAUAGAUUGCUCCUUGGAGAAAAUUCUGGGAAGAAUACAGAUGCGGGUCAAUGCACUACAGAUGCCAAUCCACCUGUUACUUGCGUUCUUGGAGUUAAUCUGGUGGUUGCUUCCCCUGUUUUAGAGUGUAAGCCAAUGUUUCUUUCUAAAAACUGGAGGGAUGCACUCUGCAAGUGUGAAAAAUGCAGUGAGUUUUACAUACAGAAGCAUAUUAGGUUUCUGCUUGACAAGGAAGACUCGAUCAUGGAGUAUGAGAAAAUGGCAAAACUGAAGAGAGAGGAAAAAUUGCAGGAACAGGAGGGGGCUGAGUUGACUAUGCUCGAUAAACUUGGCCAUGUAGAGAAAAUGGAGAUUCUGAGUGGCAUUGCAGACAUGAAAGAUGAGCUUCAUUCUUUCCUGGGAUCGUUUGAUCCGUCGAAGACAAUCACCUCUGCUGAUGUCCACCAGAUGUUUGAGAAUCUAGCAAAGAAACGCAGGCGUGUAGAGUGAGUCAUAACUGGAUCUUUACUGCAGUCAUAAGCACUAGUUAAAUUAACCUUGUAUGGUUGCUUUUGGAGUUAAUCCUGGUUUCAGUAACAUUAAAAAGCCUACGUAGCUAGGCUGUUCUAAAUUAGAAUGCUGUACUAGUAUCGGUGUUGCUACCUUGCAGACUUAUCUUCUAACAAAUUACGAAGUUUAAUUUGAGGUGCUUUUUUUCAACUGCUAGACACGCAAUGCUUCUAUUGACACAACUGGAUCAUA